ACGAAAGAAGAAAGCAGAGGAAAAGUCACAACGAAGACGGGAGGGAAGAAGAACGUACGCGGAAGUAACGGAGUUUGUUACCUCUAUUUAAUUUUUUAUCACUACCUGCUUUUCUCCGAAGAAUCGAUAGAGGACAACCCACACUCCCACAGUCAUGAAUCUGGAAAGAGUGCCGAAUGAGGAGAAACUUGGACUUUGCAGAAAAUAUUAUCUUGGUGGAUUUGCUUUUCUGCCAUUCCUUUGGCUUGUCAACGUUGUUUGGUUUUUCCGAGAAGCUUUUGUAAAACCAGCCUACACUGAACAACUGCAGAUCAAAACAUAUGUCAAGCGCUCAGCACUGGGGUUGCUGUUAUGGGUUGCAGUACUCACCACUUGGAUCACCAUUUACCAGCACUACAGGGCCCAGUGGGGGGAGGUGGGGGACUACAUCUCCUUCACAAUUCCACUGGGAAUUCCUUAACCCCUUUUUGUUUUGCAUUCUCUGGCUAAAUGUGUUCACUAAGUAAGUUCUUAUGUAUGUUUGUAUUUGUAUUUGUUGAAAAUAAAUCAUGGACUGGAAUGCUCACUUUUAAUGUA